AUGGAUAUCAACUCGAACAAUAUCUUCAAUCGUGGCAACAUAACACGGCUUCUUCAGAGAGCAUUUGGCAACAGUUUCAAAGCCUACAAGCUCAGGAAGGCCCUGAAAGCUUAUUCGGCAGUCGGGGCUGGGCCUCAGGCUCUUCGGGGUACCAAGCUCAUGUGGCUCAAGGCCAACACGAAGCGUACGGAGCGGAAGAAGGCUCAGAUAGGACAAGGAGAAAAGGAAAGCAGGUACUUCAGGGAGAAGGCUCGGCACCCCGAAGAAUGCACGUUCUGUCAGACGCGGAGGAUUCUGUCCAAUCCCCGCGACAAGAAUCUUAUUGAGAGGCUAAAGACACUUCGUCUGGACUACUGGAGAAAUCGCGAUCAAAGGCGCCGAGGCUCUUUCGGAUUUCCUACUCGGACUCAACAGAGAGAUCUCUUGGCACUCUUUGGCAAAUGGAUGCAACAAAACACAUCCCUUCCUGAGCCAGUCAGAGAAGAGGAGUUCGACGAACAGUUCGAGCAAGCAAAUUGGCUUCUCACAAGCGCGUUCUGUGCAGCUCAUCAAAUUGGACUUUCACUCGAUCCAGCGGAGCGUGAAUUUCUCACAGCACUCUUCGAGAAACGAGGGAAGGCCUUGUUAGCAUCACCAAACCCGGAAAAGGAACGUAGAAGAAGAGAAGGUCAACAAAUGCGAGAGAGGUCACUCCUGCCCAGCGAAGAGGAAGAGACGUGGUUGAAAGACACUUUUCGAGCUGAGGCUUCCUCGAGAUACAACGACCAGGACGAAGGUGAAAUAAGGUGGAGAAGGCUGUCUGCACUCCUCACGCUCGCUAUGGGAGCUUUUGAAUUCAACCAGCCUCCGAUCACGGAACCUACGCGGGUGAAGCUGAGACACAUUUUCCAGAAUAUUGUGGUCGGAAGGGAGCACGAAAUGCAGCUUAGAAAGGAAGGCGCAGAGAAAAACAGUCGCCGAGGUCUUAUCAACAUCUCGAACUGA